ACACACAGCCUCCGUUCCCCGGGUCAGAGGUCACGGGGGGACGGUUUAACACAGCGGUGUCAUAAUAGUUACGGUGAGGUAUGACACAUGGGUUUGUGUUCGCAGUCAUGGAGACACAGCUAUUGCUCAAACACACAUCUUGACUUGAUUUUCUCCGUUUUGGCCUUUUCUGGUGAAGACUCUGGGAGGGAGGGGAAAAAGGAGGGAUUGAAUACAAUACAGAGAGAGAGAGAGCGAGAGAGAGAGAGAGAGAGAGCAUGUUUCUCUUAUUCUCUCUGUCUCUGCAGGCUGGCUUGUGUCCAGGUAGUCCAGCCUCUUAGUUAUGAUGAAGGUGGGACGUGGAGGCAACUUCCCUGUUGUGCAAUCAUCAUGAGGCUCUUGGGGGCUAUAAGUCCCCGAACCUCAUCUGGUUUCUCAGCCUUAUUUUUUCAACAGACACACACACACACACACACACAUACACACACACACAAACUCAGAGGCAUGAUAUGGUCCGAGGUAUUCAGUUGUGCAGAUUUGUCUGAGGGGCCGAGGAGCAAUUUUCAAGACAUGGACUUUAGCCAAAAGAAGCAUUGAAAAGCGCCUGACUGCUCGGACCGGAGGCUCAAUCACUCACAGCUGACCUUGGCAAACUGAAAGGGGGGAAGUGAACGAGGGUACAUCCAGUCCUAUAAUGGCAAUCCCAAGUGACCUCUUCCUCUUCAACUCCACCUCCUCCCCCUAUUCAGCGACCGAGAUCUAUCUGAAUGCCUCUCUCUCCCCCCCUGCUCCCCACUGCCCCGGCUGGCCCCCUGUGCCCAUGACCACCGUCAUCCCCGCCCUCUACAGCGUCAUCUCCGUGCUGGGAACCGUCGCCAACGCCCUGGCAGCGUGGGUGUUGGCCCACGCCAGUGUCUCGAGGAGAACCGUGGCCAACACGUUCAUGCUGAACCUGUGCGUGUCGGACCUGCUGUUCCUGCUGACCCUCCCGCUGUGGGCCGUCUACUACUCCCGGGACUACGACUGGCCCUUCGGCCAGGUCGCCUGCAAAGCCUGCGGAGCUCUCCUCAACCUCAACCUCUACGCGUCCAUCUUCUUCAUCACGUGCAUGAGCAUCGACCGCUACCUGGCCAUCGUGCGUCCCCUCCGCUCCCAGAGUGCGAGAUACCCCAAGCGCGCCCGGCUCACGUGCCUCCUGGUGUGGGUGCUGGCGUGUGCUUGCUCGGCCCCCACCUUGUAUCUGAGGGACACUUACCCCCUGGAGGGGCUUGGUGUGGUGGCCUGUGGGAUUGACUACCCUGAUCCUACUUGGCAUCUGACCCUGGUCUGGAUGAAGAUAGGCGUGGCCUUCCUGCUGCCACUGUUUGUCAUCUCUUGUUGUUACGGGGCUAUUGGCAGACAUUUGUUGGCUAAUACAGGGCUGCCGAGAAUGCACUCCCCCAGCAUGCCCUCUUUUAAAUCACCCGAGUCCAAGGAGAGCAGUAAAACAGAGAGACCUCCGACCCCAUGUGCCUGGCCCAGCUCCAGCGGGGGCAGGCCCCUGGAGGGCAGGGGGCUUGAGCGGGUGUUGUGGACAGUCGCCGCGGUGGUCCUGGCCUUCUUCCUCUGCUGGUUCCCCUUCCACUGCGUGACCUUCUUGGGCGUUCUGAGGAUGGGUGGCUGGCUGGACAGCUGCUGGGUGGACUGGACCAUCCACAACCUCACACCGCUGACCCUCUGCUUGGGAUUCUCCAGCUCGGCCUUCAACCCGGUGCUCUACUGCUUCCUCGGCAACCACUUUCGGAGCCGUCUCGGGGGCCUCUGCAAGGGCCUGUGUGCUUGUCUGAAGGCCCAGGGGGAGGAUCACAGCCAGAAGAGGGGCUCCUUCAGCACCAGGCUGAGCUCCUUCUCUCGAAAACUUAGCGACCUGAAAGACCUGGCGAUUGUGGACCCCGGUCCUGUCUAAACACCCCCCCCCCCCCCCCCCCCCCCCCUUCCAACUGGCUUCACACUAAGCGUGGAUGUGUGAGACGGAGCUGUAACUGUGACUGACACGCCGCCCUACGAAGACAGAAACCAAGUUAUGACAAAAGAUGAAGCUGAGAGGUUCAAAUAUAUAUUUUCACGCUGGUCACCAAACAGUGUAACAGACAGAUAAGUUAUACAUUUCAUGCCUCUAAUGCUGCAGCCUUCAGCCAAACAGGUUUUAAUAAUUCACUGUACACAAGUUGCUCAGACGCAGCCAGCAACUCGCUGCAAUAAGUUGCAUUGAGGUCGCAGGAUAAGAAACAUGGAGGUUGUGCUAUGAUAUAUUGAUCACAAAGAUGUUGGAUGAUGAUAGAAAGAGUUUUCCAGCUUUCCCUAAGGCUAGCUGUGGCUAUCAGCUAGCUUCAAUUGAAGCUCAGUUUUGUAGUUUUGCUUUCUCAGAAAUGAUCUCAUAAACACUUCUAUGGCAUUACAAUGUUGAAUAUGGUAUCUCCAUAUCCACCGAAUGUUUUAUUACUGCCUUUUGUCUUUGUAGGGCAGACCAUUAUGAAAUACAGAUGUAUUAUUAUUUCAUAAUUUUUGGGGGAUACAUUGUAUGUGUAAUCAUAAAACGUGUAACAUUUGUAUUGUAUUAUUCUGUAUGAAGACAGUUUAGGAAAAUUAAAAUGACUGAAUGAAAUAAAGUGAACAAUAUUUCACUAA